AUGGAGACUUCUUCAGAACAACGUAUCCAUAUUGCAGAAGAUACUCCACACAAUGGCAAAUCAGUAACAAAGAUAGUGAGUUCACCUAAUAUGAAAUAUAUUGCCACAUGGAGUAGUGAAGAUAGCUCUGUUGUUGGAUGGUGUAUUGUUGAUGAUGGACAGUUAAAGCAUGAAUACAUGAUAUCACAGGACGAAGUUGAUAUUUGCUAUAAUAAAUCUCCUGAAUUAUAUGGGUAUGGUGAAUAUUAUGAAUUAUUUACUGUUUCUGACAAUAAGCUUGUUUUGAUGCAAAUUUUUGGAGGUGAAGAUGAAUCAGCAAAAAUUGGAAAAAUUGAUGUGUUGGUAAUGCUAACAGAAAGAUCAUUAUCGAAUCAUGAAAUUAAUGUCGUGGCUGAAGUUGGAAAGUUUUGGAGAAUUUUCGAUUUUGAAACCAAGAAACAACUUAUACAAGGUCUUUCAGAUUCACCAAUUUGGGUUUAUAAUUCAGCUUUUACUGAGAAUGAAAAUCUAAUUAUAACCGAUUCUUAUUCAUCAAGAGUAUAUGUCUUUGUUACAAAGAAAGUAGGAAAUUCUUUCAAAUUGACUUGCAAACUAACAACUUCAUUCGGAGACUCUCCAGAUACAAAAGUAAUCAUUACACCAAGAGAAAAAUUGCUUAUAUGUAAUCCUGCAUUAGGAUCCAUUACAAAAUGGGAUAUUAAAACUCUAUCAUUUGAAGUACAUUUUUUCUUGAGCAAUGCUUAUAUAGUUCAAGCUGCGAAGCUUAAUUAUGAUGAAUCAUUAUUAUUAGUACACGCAAUAAAACUCAUGGAAAAAGGAGGAUCUUGUCCAUAUAUAAUUAUUUAUUUGGCUAAUAAUGGAAUGAAAUUAGUAACUUAUGCUUAUUCUGAAUCAAUAAUGAUCGAUUCAUUUGAUAUCAUUGCAUCCAGGUUUGGAGAGCGUUUACUUGUUAUGUCUCAUGAUAAAGAUCAAACUUAUUACGAAUUAAGGGAUCCAUAUCUACACGAAAAACCUGUUGCAGCUGAUAAACUUUUUGAAGUUGGUUCUUUUAAAUUUCAGCACCCGUGCGUUGUAACAUUUGAUGAAGUUGAUAAGGUCGAUAAAGUUAUAGGUUUUAUUAAUAACAAUUUGUUAAUCAAAAAAUUAGUUAAUAGAGAUUGGAUUAAAUACAUACGGGAAGAGCUAAAAGAUUACAAUAGAAUCACUAUACCUUCUGGAGGAAACGAAAUUGAUAAGAUGCUCAAUGAUGCUAAAUUUCCAAUUGAUACUGAAUUUCCUAGGAUAACUUCAGGAUAUUUAGUUAAAUGGACUUUGAAUUAUGAUUCAGACUCAGAUAAAGCACUUCUUAAAGCAGAACCUCUAAAUGGUCUGAUAAGCGAUCCGAAAGAACGAGAAAUUAAUUUGGUUAUAUGGGAAAGUCUGGAAUUUAUAAAAUGUGAAUGUCUUCAUAAUGAUGAUUUAGUCAUGAUUACAGAUACAGACGUAUAUGUCUGGACAUUUAACACAGAAAAAAUUCAAUUAAAUUACUAUUAUUCAGAAAUAGGAGGUAGAUUAGAUAUUCUUGAGGAAGUAAUAUUUACAAAUAAUUUUCUUCCGUCACCAUAUAUUACAUCAGUUAUUUACAGGAGAGGUUAUAGUUUUGGUAAUCAAGAACAUUUUAAAGAACUAUUGGAAAUAUAUACUAAAGAAGAAUAUUAUUUAGCCAUUUAUGGAUACGAUGUUAUGGAUGCAAUUGUUGAGUUUCGAGAUUACAAAUUAGCGGAAAUUUUCUGCAAAAGUUGUAUUGAAUUAAAUUUCAAAAACGAAAAAGAUCCGACACCUAAUAUCCAAUUAUUUGGAAUAAUUUCUCGAUUCAUUUUAAAAUUAACAGAAGAAAACUCGAUAUUUGUGGAAGCCUUUAUAUCAGAAAUUUCAUAUUUUAUUGCUUUUGAUAAAUACUAUUUAGCACAAACUUUAUCAAAAGUAACUAGUGUAAAACACCUUGAUCAUGUCGGUGUUCAUAAUCAAUUAACUACAUUAUCUAAUGAAAUUCGUGGAAUUGAGACUGAUGAAAGGAAAUUAGUCAAAAAACCAUAUAUUUCACCAAUUCUUUUAAAUGCAAUUCAAGGGGAAACCGAAGAAAAACUUGAUGAUAAAGUAAAUAAUUUACAAAAAGAAAUGAAAGAAAUGAGGGAGAUGCUUAAUGAAAUAAAUAAUAAAAUUGGGCAGUUGUUAUAA